AUGCUUACACAACAAAAGUAUGCUAGUGAUCUUGUUGCUACGGCUGAUCUUACAGAUGACAAAGUUGUAUACACACCAAUGGAGAUUAUACGAAACAUAAGGAGGCUGAUGGCAAACCAUUCAGUGAUCCCACAUUGUAUCGGCAGUUGUAUACAUCACACUGCAUUACUUCGUGUCAUUCGGUAUGUCCGUGGUUCUAUGAAUCAAGCUCUUCUCUUCUAUUUAGAUUCUUCUAUAAAUCUUAAGGGAUAUACUAAUGCAAACUGGGCUGGUUGUUUCGAUUCUCAUCGUUCUGUUACUGGUUGGUGCAUGUUUUUAGGCACAUCCUUGAUAUCUUAG